CCUCCUUGCUUGCACCAACCAGUUUCUCUGUGUCUCGUAUAUGCAAGAUCUCUCCUUCUCCACUCCAGUCACCGGAGUAAAAAGUCAAUUGAACUCCCAAUUUAGUAAGAGCUUCACUCGCUUAAUAUUUUGGCACUAUUUUUACGCGCGAACGUCUAAAUCGUACUUUUUGCUGUAAUUCGGCGAUGAGGAUCAUAUUUGCGCUUCACAAACUUACCGUUUCUUGCCGGUUGAUUUGUGAAGUGUUAACGUUGGUCCAGCUUUCUUACCGCGAGCGGCGCCAGAUGUACGUCUGAAAAGGUGAUUAUGCUGUGGUAAAUUCACACAUGAGGGACACAGGGUUUCAAAUAUCACUGAAAUCUGGCGAGGAAAACGACCAGGACAGGAAGGGUAAAGCAAACAGAGUCUGACAUCUUUGAGUAGAGGGCCUCCGUACCCUGUGGGCUCUGUGUCUGGUUAAACAGUGAUAGGAGAGACUGAGUCGAAAGUUUAGUGGUUACUCAGCUGGAUCACCUGAAGUUUUCGGGCUGCCUGUUCCAAAGUCUGGGGACAUUAAUAGCUAAUGUCAAGUCACCCCUUGUCGCCAGCCUGGUCUGCCACAACCGCUAUAUACCUGUCUGAGGACCUCAGGCAACGUCCUGUCAUACGUGGGAUUAAAAGCUCAUUGAGGAGAAUAAAAGGAGGUGUACGUUGCCUCUCACUGUAGUUAACCUGCCACUACCAUGAGCUGGAGUUUCCUGACUCGUCUGCUGGAAGAAAUCCACGAGCAUUCUACAUUUGUGGGCAAGAUCUGGGUCACUGUCCUCAUUGUUUUCCGCAUUGUACUGACAGCUGUAGGAGGUGAGUCCAUCUACUACGAUGAGCAGAGCAAGUUUAUCUGCAACUCAGGCCAGCCGGGCUGCGAGAAUGUCUGCUACAACGCUUUCGCUCCGCUGUCACAUGUCCGCUUCUGGGUUUUCCAAAUCAUUUUGGUUGCUGUGCCUUCGCUCAUGUACCUGGGCUAUGCUGUCAACAAAAUUGCUCAUGCAGAGGAACAGGCAAACAGCGGCGGAGCAAGGGGAUUGUCUCUGAGGAAGCACAAGAAGAAGCACUAUCUUGCGGGCAGAAAGCAGCACAGGGGCAUCGAAGAGGCUGAGGAUGACCAAGAAGAAGACCCAAUGAUCUAUGAAAUGGCAGAGGACGAGAGUGAUGGCAGUGGAGCAGCAAAAGCAAGCAGUUGUGAUCGAAAAAAUAAAGUCAAAGUGCGCCACAGUGGGCGCCAGCGUAUCAAAGAGGAUGGACUGAUGCGCAUUUAUGUCCUUCAGCUCUUGGUCCGCACCGUGCUGGAGGUGGCUUUCUUGUGUGGUCAGUAUGCCCUGUAUGGAUUUGCUGUGCCUGCCACCUAUGUGUGCUCAGAAGUGCCAUGCCCUCACAAUGUGGACUGCUUUGUGUCAAGGCCUACUGAGAAAACUAUCUUCCUCCUCAUCAUGUAUACAGUUUCCCUGCUUUGUCUGGCUCUCAAUAUAUGGGAGAUGCUUCACCUGGGCAUAGGUACCAUCUGUGAGAUCGUACGCUCCCGUCGGGUGCAGCUCCCUGAUGACGAAGUGUACGGGCUGACACAGGGACAAGGAGCUCUUAAUGAGGCAGCACUGAGCACAGAGGAUUACAGCAGCUACCCUUUUUCUUGGAGCGCACCAUCAGCUCCACCUGGGUACAACAUUGCCAUCAAGCCUUCUUUGGUAACUACAGGGCACCAUGAGCAAUCGCUACCCAUCACUGAUCUUACUACCACCAAGAUGGCAUGCCAGCAGAACCACGUGAACAUUGCCCAAGAGGAGCGCCAGCAGUACACCGAUAAUGGCGAAAACCUGUCCAGAGCAGCGAUGGGAGAUGCCUCCAGAAGUGCUCAGAAGGAUAUCCAUCAGCCUCAGAAAAGGCUGGAGGCUGACAAUCAGGACCACAGCCAGCCACAGAACCAUACUAACAACCACAGCAAGCUUCACCGCGAACGUAAACACCGACAGGCCUCCAAACACACCUCCGUCAAGGCAGAAAUAGACAGAGGCAGCAGCAGCACAAGCAGUAGCAGAAAAUAUGGAGUCAUAAAGGGUUCUGAGUGGAUCUGAAACGCAUUCUAUAUCAUAACAUUUUUUGCUUUGUUUAAACAAAGCAAAUCCUUGUCAGUCAGGCUCAGUAUUUUUUUUUUUGUUUGGUUGUUUUUUUUGUCCAUACUGUGUAUAAAAAACAUACAUAAUUUCUUAAUAUCAGGAUCUACCUUGUACCAGUCCACUGACAUCUCGGCCUUAUGAAGAUCAAACGAUUAAAUUAUGUGAAACAUGGUUAACAUUUGCUCUUCAUUGUUCUCAAAUUGUGAUGAUAAGUUGGGUUUUUUUUACAUUUUAUUUCUAAUUUAAGCUGAAUAUCUUUGGGUAUGGGACAAAAAGUUAUUUUGAAAACAAACUUGGCCAAAGGGAAAGUGUGACAGUCAUAUUAGUUGCAUCCCUAGUUUGAUUGCAGUUGUGUCACUUAUGACAAAAAGGUUUUAAUUAAUAUAAAUAUUAUGUUCAUCUUUUAUGUCAAUAAUAAUUUGGUCUGAAAAUAACAACAUCCAUCCAAAUACUGAAAAGUUCUCAUUUCCUACUUUGCUUUAGAUGGAGGUUUCUACUUUACAAUGUCAGUAUAGUGAAUACAACAUUGGUAUUUAUAUUUAUGUAGCCUUAAAACUCAACAGUACAAGAUAAAUCCUGCUACUAACAUGUAAGUGACAGCUUGUAGGAAAAUCAUUGAAGAUAAUGUAAAGCAGAUGAAAAAUGUUGUGACCCUUUAAGUGUGAGAAGUGCCUUACUUAAACAGAUGAGGUGCUGCUUCCUGUUCACUGUACAAAUGUUAAAAAGGUAACUGUUUACUACCAAAUGUCCUGACAGUAUUGCGUGAAAACAUGAGCAAAUUCAUACUGAAUACCUGGUUAGUUCUGCUAACAUCCAAGCUUUGAACAAUAUUGGUGUUUCUGAUGUUUUCACCAAUGCAGGUUUCGUAAUUUAACAGUGUUUUUCUCUCAGUCCAUUAUUGUCAUUAUUUUUUGUAAAACAAUGGCCUGUUUUUCUUCCCCCAAGGCCAUGUCUUUUUUUUGGUCAUUAUUAAUACACACAAUUUGUGGAUUUUCAAAUUGAAAUGUCAUUAAGGCUAGUCCUUUGCACUGUGCCAGUGUUUUUGUUAAAACUAUUUUUCUAAACAAAAAAGUGCAUGUUUUGAAUAAAGAGUUGGUGUUA